UUCGUUAAAAAAAAAUCUGCGGAAAUUACACAACACUGUCACAAUGUGGAAAACGAAAGUUGCAUAAAUUUCACAAAUAGUCAGGUUUAACAAAAGUAAACGGCAACAUGGACGAGUCUUUGAAACACCAUAAUCCGAAUCCAGUGAUCCAUGCUAAUCCAAUUUCAAAGAUAUUUUUCUGGUGGAUGAAUCCAUUGUUCAAAAAAGGAUAUGGGCGUCAACUGGAAAUAGAUGAUAUGUACAAUGUAACUGUCGAAGAUCAGUCAGACAAACUUGGUGAAAGACUAGAAAAAGAGUGGAAAAAAGAAGUAGACAAAUGCAAGGAUGGGAAAAGAAAGCCAAGUUUGUUUCAAGCCUUGUUUAAAAUAUUUGGUCUAGAAUACAUUCUUCUAGGAUUUGUUCUGUUUUUAGAGGAGGCCACAAAAGUCAUCCAACCACUGUUACUAGGUGGAUUGAUUCGUUACUUCACACCUGGGUCUGGUGUGAGCAAGACAGAAAGUUACCUGUACGCCAUGGGCGUGAGUCUUUGUGCAAUUAUGUUAGCCAUUUCACAUCACCCAUAUUUCUUUGGUGUUCAACGUAUAGGCAUGAAAAUGAGGAUAGCAUGUUGCUCUUUGUUAUAUAGAAAGUCAUUGAGGUUAAGCAGUGAAGGUCUGGGUAAGACAACUACUGGACAAAUUGUUAAUCUGAUGUCAAAUGAUGUCAAUAGAUUUGAUCAGGCUGUGAUAUUUCUCCACUUUCUGUGGGUGGGACCAAUAGAAGCUGUAGCUGUGUUAGCCAUAUUGUGGAGGGAGCUUGGCCCAUCCACACUAGCGGGUUUUGCUGUACUUCUCCUUCUUGUACCGGUGCAGGGCUGGAUGGGAAAAUUAUUCUCUAAAUUCAGGCAGAAAACAGCAAAAUAUACUGAUGAGCGCGUGAAAUUAAUGAAUGAAAUUAUAGCUGGUAUGAGAGUUAUAAAGAUGUAUUGUUGGGAGAAACCGUUUGGCGACCUUGUUAGAAGUGUUAGACGCCUGGAGGUGAAACAUGUGGAACGAAAAAUGAUAACAGAGGCAGUUUUAGAUAGCUAUAUUUAUAGUGGCCGUUAUUUCUGUGUGUAUGCUACAGUCGUUUGUUUAACUGUGAUUGGCAAGGCACUUAGAGCUGAAAAAGUAUUUGUUACGCUGGUCUUAUUUGUCGCUUUGGAGAACGUGUUCUUUUGGUUUCUGCAACAAGGAGUUAAAAUGAUAUCUGAGCUAAUUAUGUGUGUAAAAAGGCUUCAGACAUUUCUACAACUAGAUGAACUUCCUGAAAAUGAACAAAAGAUCACAGAGGAAAAGAUACCUGUUAAAGAAUGUUUUAUUGAUAUUAACAAUGUUUCUGCUAGAUGGGACCAGAAAGUUGAACAGUUUACCUUGCAGAAUGUUACUGCAAGAGUUGAGCCUGGUAAAUUACUGGCUGUAAUUGGACCAGUUGGUGCUGGAAAGUCGUCAUUACUUAUGUCAGUAUUGAAAGAGUUACCUCUGUUGAAAGGAAAUAUAGAGUUGAAAGGUCGGAUAGCUUACGUAUCCCAGCAACCAUGGGUGUUCUCAGCAAGUCUACGUCAGAAUAUUAUAUUUGGUAACAAGUAUGAGAAGCUGAAAUAUGACAGAAUACUGAAGGCAUGUGCAUUAACAAAGGAUAUUGAUGUAAUGCCUCAUGGUGACAUGACAUUGAUUGGGGACCGAGGUGUAAGUCUCAGUGGAGGUCAGCGUGCACGUGUAAGUUUGGCACGGGCUCUGUAUAUGGACGCGGAAGUUUACUUGCUUGACGAUCCACUCAGUGCUGUUGACGCAUCUGUUGGAAGACAUUUGUUUGAAAAUGUUGUACAAGGAAUAUUGAAGAAUAAGCCAAGAAUUCUGGUGACACAUCAGUUACAGUUUCUGAAGGAGGCAGAACAAAUUCUCAUUCUAAAAGAGGGAGACAUGAUAGGUAAAGGAACAUUCCAGGAGUUAUCAACCUCAGGUAUAGAUUUCUCAUCGUUACUGAAACAUGAGGAGGAAGAGGAGGAGCCUCCCCCUGACCUUUACGAGUCAUUUGACCCACAUCAAAGCCAGAGCAGAUUACAUGGCCUACAUUCCAAAUCACACGAGCACGUUAAUGGAUAUUUGCAUAAUUUACGGAAGCGUACUCGUGUAGAUUCUUCUUGUUCACAUCAUUCCGUUAACGAUUCCGUCAAGGGCUCUAUGAUGUCACUUGCUUCCAUUGGAACGGAAUUUGAGGCAGAGACGGUACAGUUACCAGAAGAGGAAGAGAGACAUGAAGGCACUGUUGGAAUGAGUGUGUACUAUCAGUAUUUUAAGGCAGGAGCGGGGAUUAUCAAGUUCUUAAUUCUCGCUUUACUCUGUAUAGCUGCACAAGUUGCUUAUAUCUACAGUGAUUGGUGGCUGUCCAUAUGGUCCAAUCAAGAGGAAGCAAGAUUUGCUGCUAUGAGAGAAGACAGUUUGUUACGUAAUGAAUAUCAACUUCGUAACCUAACUUAUAAUGGCACAAAUAUAACAAUACCAGAAGUUGAUACACAUUUUAACGUCGCUGUAUUCAGUGGACUUAUAGCCAGCGUCUUUCUUUUAGGUCUUCUAAGAGCUCUCAUGUUUUUCAAGGUCGCUGUAGACGCGUCACAAGCAUUACAUAAUACAAUGUUCGCAGCUAUUUUAAGAUCUCAUAUUGGAUUCUUCGAUACAAAUCCAGUUGGUCGAAUUUUAAACAGAUUUUCCAAAGAUGUGGGUCACAUGGACGAUAUUCUACCAAUAACAUUCUUUGAUUUCAUCCAAUGUGGGUUACUCAUACUUGGUAUAGUGAUAGUUGCUGGAGUAGUGAAUCCCUGGGUGUUUAUAAUUGUUGUACCUCUUAUAGUGAUGUUUAUAAUUGUGCGGAGAUAUUAUAUCCGUACAUCCAGACAUAUCAAAAGACUUGAAGGAACCACACGUAGUCCAGUAUUUUCUCACCUAAGUGCCACACUACAAGGUUUACAUACUAUUAGAGCGUUUGGGGCCGAGGGAAAGUUUACGGAGGAAUUUGACUGUCACCAGGAUUUACACACGGAGAGCUGGUUCCUGUUUCUGUCCUCAUCACGAUGGCUCGCUAUCCGACUUGACUGGUUGUGUGCUAUUUUUGUUACGGCUGUCUCAUUCUGCUGUGUAUUUGCUGCUGAAAGUUUGAAUGCUGGGCUGGUAGGUUUAUCAAUGACCUAUGCUAUGACAUUAAUGGGAAUGUUCCAGUGGGGUGUGAGGCAAAGUGCAGAAGUUGAAAAUCAGAUGAUCUCAGUAGAAAGAGUAUUAGACUAUGCCAAAUUGCCAUCAGAGGCCCAGCUAGAGGUAGAAGAAGAGAAACAACCACCCCCAAGCUGGCCUCAAAAUGGACAAAUAUCAACUGAUGAAGCUUGUCUUAGAUAUUCUAAAAAUGGGCCUCUUGUAUUGAAGGACCUUUCGUUCACAAUCAGAGCUAGAGAAAAGGUUGGAAUUGUGGGAAGGACGGGCGCCGGAAAAAGUUCCCUCAUUACGAUGUUGUUCCGGUUGGUUGAACCAAAUGGUAGAAUUACAAUUGACAACAUCAAUGUUCAGAGUAUUGGUCUCCAUGAUCUAAGAAAACAUAUCUCCAUCAUUCCACAGGACCCUGUGUUAUUUACCGGAAAGCUACGUAGAAAUUUGGAUCCGUUCAGUAACCAUGGAGAUGAUGCUCUUUGGAAUGCACUUACUGAAGUACAGCUAAAACAAGCUAUCGAAGAUCUUCCGCAUGGAUUAGACUCGGAGGUGUCAGAGGGCGGUAUUAACUUCAGUGUCGGACAGCGUCAGCUGAUAUGUCUUGCCAGAGCAAUUUUACGCAACAAUAAAAUCCUCAUGAUUGACGAAGCUACAGCAAAUGUUGACCCAAGGACUGAUGCAUUGAUUCAACAAACUAUACGAGAGAAGUUUAGCAAGUGUACAGUAUUGACUAUUGCCCAUAGAUUACAUACAAUUAUGGAUUCUGAUAGAUUGCUGGUACUUGACGAUGGAAAGGUAGUAGAGUUUGAUGUGCCAUACAAGCUUCUACAAAGCUCAAACAGUACGCUAAGAAAGCUGGUUGAACAAACUGGCAAAUCUGAAACCAUUCAUCUGAUGGAGAUAGCAAAAACUGCUUUUGAAAAGUCCAAAGAGAUUGUUGACAGUAAUGUUAAAGAUGGUAAAGUAAAUGAGCAGGAUUCUGUUUCAGUCAAUAACGUUUCUGCAAUAGUUGAAGACAACGAUAGGGACAAUAAUGAUGAUGCAGAUAUGGAAAUGAAUGAAGAGCGAAGUCUUUUAGUUCAGGAUAGUGGUAAUGUAGUAAAAGGUGAUGAAGGGAAGGUAGAUAAAGUGGUGAAUGAUGGCAUGGAAAACACUGAAGGUAAAGAUAAACUUGUAGAAAAGGAGAAUAAAGAGUUCAAUGCUAGUGGUAAAGAAGGCAAAAUUGAUGUUGACCAUGAGGUGGAUAAAGAAGAGCGUGCAAGUGGAAGUGAUGAAACUGAAGAUGGUGCUAAUGAGUAUACACUAACUGAUAUAGAAGAUGCUAGUCAUGAUGAUAUUGAAGAUGUAGAUGAUGAUAAUGCCAAACUGCUUGGAAAGGACGAGAAAGAUAAGGAAGACAUGGUUGAUGAUACAAAACAACGAUCAGAGACCAAGCAUGAGGUUAAUGAAAAUGAUGAAACAUCAAAACUUUUACCUGGACAUGAUGAGAAGGUUGACAACUAAAUAGCAACAUUUUAAUCAUUUAUAGGUUCUUUUUGUUCCACCUUUUUCCUAACAGUUACAGACCAGAUGUUGUGGUAGACCAGAGUUAAAAAAAUUAAUGUAUUUUGAAAAUUAGUUAUAUACUUUUAUUACAUGUUUUUGGUGGUUUAUAGAAAUAUAUCAGUGAUAUAAAACUGGUAAUUUCACUGUUUUGAAUUUAAGCCCCUUACAUUGUUUCAGUGAAAUACCAGCGUGCACAGUACUGGGUACCAGCUUAAUGACAUGACGUCGUAAAUGACGUCACGUUAUAUUAUUAUUUGGCGCGCUUUUCAUUCAGUAUUAGGUUUUAUAUCUUUUUAAAACGUUUCUUUGCAUGUAAUAAAAAGAAAAUUUGUUUAGUUUAUUGUAAGAUCGAAAUAUAUUUCACCUUGUGAACACCAAAAGUUCAUAUUUCACUCGUGGCUGUGCCACUCGUGAAAUAUACCUUUUGGUGCUCACUCGGUGAAAUAUAUUCCGAUCUUUCACUGAACUAAACAAAUAUCCUCUAUACAUUUUCUAUAUACUGCAUUAACUCGAGACAAAAGUAUUAUUUAUAUUUGGAUAUUUGAAUUUCAUAUUAGGUACACAUUAAUCAUGUUUUUAAUAAAUGCAUUUUUUAAAAAUCACUUGAAUGAUGACUUACAUGUUUUCUUUAUUGCCUAGUCAGAUGUAUUUUUAAGUAUUUUUCUAUUUUUUUAGAUUGCCUAAAAUUUUUAUAUCAUUUAUUUUAUUAGAACAUACAAGUAGGGCUGGUUUAGUGCUGCAAUAAACUGAAGUAUUAUUGUUUAUGUUGGAUAGUACUAAACCUACAUGUAGUACCUAUAUAUACUAACUUUGGUUAUUGAGAACUAUCCAAAUUAUAAUCAGACAUUUUGAUUAAGGACAAGUUUAGAAAAAUGUAAAAAUGACACAAUAUAUUUAUAUGCUAUAAACAUGCUUUUAUGCUUAUAGUCAGGAUCAUUUAAUUAACAUUUUAUUUAUGCUUUUAGAAAGUUAUUUUGAGCUCACAUAAAUAUUUUUGUACUGUUCAUGAAUGAGUAAAAUAUAGUGUUACUAGACAAUGUUUAUUUUGCUAGCGCCGGCAUGUACAAUUUCCAGAUAGUAAGUUAUAUACAUGUAUAUUAGAAUGCAUACAGUAAAUUAGAAUGACUAUUUAUUAGUAGCAAAAUAAUGUUUUAAUAAACCUGUAAAUGAAACAGCAUGUAUUUUUGUGUAUACCUGGUUAAAAUAGUUUAAAUAUUGAACUAUGUUUUAUCUACAAAUACAUUUGAGUUAUAUAUACUGUGGCAACUUUUACAAUUAUAUUGAAUAUUUUUGAAAGGUUUUUAAAGAAAGUAGAAAUAAAAUCUAAAUGUUAUAUAUGAUAUAAACUGCUUAAAUUAUAACAGAACAUUUGUUGUAUUUGGUUACCAUAGUAACUGAUCACAUGACUCAGAAUGUUAGUGAAGAUAAUAACUUGUAUAUAUAACCAGUAUAGAGUCUGACCAGCCUAUACAUCUGUUUAUCAUGACCAGACUCUUGUACUGUUUGUUCCUCAAAUUUAGUAUCAUACUUUAAUGCUUUAAACUGUUCCAAAUUCAAAGCAUGACAAAAGACAUCACAGAAAUUUUAUAGAUGUUACAUAAUAGCCAGUUUGCCAACUGUUGUAAAUAGCUUUACCUCUAUAUUGUUUAUGUUUAUACUGAAUUCCAAACUGUCAUUUGUGUGCCAUAGAUUACUAACAUUUUAUGCCUCAACUUGGACCUGUCCGUCUGUACUGUUGUCUGUUGCAUGACAAAACUAGACUGUGGAGCGUCUGUGUCCUAUGGACACAUUUAUAGCUUUAAAACAAUACCUCCAGCAGUUGUAUAAAAUCUGACAGGAAUGGUGGUUUGCACAUUUUGCUCUGUUCAUUGCAGAGUUGUUGCCCUUUUGUAAGAGAUAUGAAGAACAUUUGAAUAUAAGUGAUUAGUAUAUUUGUUAUAUGCCCAUAAUGACAACACAUUCAUAGUGAGUUAGGUUUAAAAAGUCAAAGAAGUGGUAAUAUGGAACUUUGAAUAAUUAUUUAAAUUGACAGUAUUUACUUAGUGUAUUGCAUGGUCUACAAUGGACACAUAUUCAAUGAAUAUUUCAAAUAUCAUUUAAAAUGUAAGAAAUGUAACAGUAUCAUUUAAGUAUUCUUAUAAAAAUAUGUCUUGGAAAAAAAAAUUGAUUGAGGUCUUAGUGAUUUAGUAUGGAUAGUUAUUAUGAUGAAUAAUAUUUCUUUUUUCUAGAACACUUUAUUAUCUGUUAUAUAAAUAUAUGAAAUAUCAGAUCAAGUGUCUCACACUUCAACACUAGCUAAAAUCAUGCAAUGGUUUAUAAAUUUGUUCAUGGUUUGUUAUAAUAUAUAAUACUUAAUACUAUUACAGACCUUCAAUUUUUCAACAAUUCACUUUAACUUCCUUUUAAUGACCCCUAUUUAGUGUUAUAUUCUUAAGAGUACUUUGUUCUAUUAACUUUAAUUGGUAUAUAUUCUAUAUAAUGCGUCACUCAGAUACAUGUCUGUUAGCUGUUUAGUUUUUAGUAUUUUGUUAUCGAGACCCCUUAAAGUUAAUUAUAAAUAUUUCCUAAUUGAAAGGGGCAUAAUCCAUUCAUUACAGAUAUAGCUGUGUACAUGAUAGUGUAGCUUUACAGUAUCUAGUCAAAAUAAGACCAGGUUCCUGAAACAGCCUUUAAAAAACAUUGUUAUCUUCUCUUUUCUGUUAAAGGAACAUUGUUAUCUUUUUUUCUUUAACAGAGAAGAAAAGAACAUUGUUAUCUUUUUCUACUGUGUUAAAGGAACAUUGUUAUCUCUUUCUUCCCUGUUAAAGGAACAUUGUUAUCUUUUUCUUCCCUGUUAAAGGAACAUUGUUAUCUUUUUCUUCCCUGUUAAAGGAACAUUGUUAUCUUUUUCUUCCCUGUUAAAGGAACAUUGUUAUCUUUUUCUUCCCUGUUAAAGGAACAUUGUUAUCUUUUUCUUUGACUUAGUAUAUGGGGAUGGUUGGAGAUGGGUUUAAAUUGAAAUAAGGCAAUUUUGCUGAAUGGCUUUGAGAUAGUCAUUUAAAGAAAAUAUGAAAAAUAUGUCCCUGGUUCCUGGCAAUAUUUAAUAUGGUGUUAUAUUAUUAUGGUUCUAUAUUUUUCUCUGUUUUGUUGUUAGAUUGUAUGCUUGCUGUUAAGUGAUACUGUUGUAGAGAAGUGUAUUGAAAUGAAAGCAUAAUGAAAAACAAUAUUUGACACACAUACAUUUAUAUAGAUUUUAAGAAAAAGAAUAUGUGUUACUAGUUAAUUUGUUCCUCUGAAAUAGUCAGACAAGAAACAUGGCAAUGCUAUGAGUAAAAGGAAUUAUAAGUGUGGUGCUGUUCUCUCAGCUUUUUUUUUUUUUUUUUUUUUUUUUUUAUUGGUUGAAAGUUAUUUUUUUAAAUCAAUGCUUAUUUGAAUUACUCAAAAUUACUGUUUGGUCCUAAUUGUUGUUGUGUAAAAAUGCAAAUCAAACCCGUCAGUAAAAAAAAAGUCACUUCAGAUUUAUUUGAAUUUUAAAAUAUGACAUUGACGGUCAAGGUGAUUUAAGAUUCAAGAACAUACUUCAUGUUGUAUGAUGAUGCUGUGCCCAAAUGUUAAUCAUAUCCGUGCAUUUAUGAUUUCUUCCUGAAUUUAUUAUGGUUCUUCCUGACUUUAUUCUAGAUCUUUUUGAAUUCAUACUGGUUCUUAAUUGAUUCUGGAUCUUCCUGAAUUUAUUAUGGUUCUUCCUGAAUUUAUUCUGGAUCUUUUUGAAUUCAUACUGGUUCUUAAUUGAUUCUGAAUCUUCCUGAAUUUAUUAUGGUUUUUCCUGAAUUAAUUCUGGUUCUUUUUAAUUUUACUUUAGUUCUUCCUGAAUUUAAUAAGACACUCAGUAAAUUAACUCUUACUAUUGCUGUAUUUAGUUUGGUUCCUCUUCCAAUUAUUCUUGUUAUUAAUAGAUUUUUUUAUAGUUCUUCGUUCAAUCAAUGUAACAUUUUAUUGAUUAGUUCAGAUUUAUAGUUCUUCGUUUAAUCAAUGUAACAUUUUAUUGAUUAGUUCAGAUUCACUCUAUUUGUUACUUUAGUUAAGCCUUGAUUGUCUAAUUCUUCAUGAAUAUAACUUUGCUUCUCUUUUAAUUUCCUGGUCCUUUUUAAAAUAUAGUUUGUUCUGGACUGACUGCCCCUUCCAGGGUAAAAUUUCAUUUGACAAUGUAAAUACAUGUACAUAUGUUAAUGACAAGUGUUCUAGCUGACAAGAAACAAGCGUUCUGUAAAAGCCUACAUAAGUUACGAUGUUGUUUUUUAGCUCACCUGUCACAAAGUGACAGGGUGAGCUUUUGUGAUCGCUUUUCGUCCGGCGUCCGUCCGUCCGUAAACUUUUGCUUUAAAUGACAUCUCCUCAUAAACCACUGAGCCAAUUUCAUCCAAACUUCACAGGAAUGUUCCUUUGGUGGUCACCUUUAAAAAUUGUUCAAAGAAUUUAAUUCCAUGCAGAACUCUGGUUGCCAUGGCAACCAAAAGAAAAAACUUAAAAUAUCUUCUUUUAAAAAACCAUAAGAGCUAGAGCUUAGAUAUUUGGCAUGAAACAUCUUCUAGUGAGUGUCUACCAAGUUUGUUCAAAUAAAAGCCCUGGGGUCAAAAUUGGCCCCGCCGGGGGGGGUCAUUGAAUUUCCCUAUAUGGAUAUAGUAAAAACUAAAAAAAUCUUCUUUUAAAGAACCCAAAGAGCUAGAGCUUAGAUAUUUAGCAUGAAACAUGUUCUAAUGGGUGUCUACCAAGUUUGUUCAAAUAAAAGCCCUGGGGUCAAAAUUGGCCCCGCCC